AGAAUGUUAUCUUUUAUUUUUUAAUUGCUUUUGGACGCAAAAAAUUUGACAAAGUGGGCGGAGAUGGGCAAAAAAGACAACAACAGAUUGACACUGAAAAAACAACACUUUUUGGUGGAUAAAAUAAAAUGAAUUGACCUUAAAAAUUGGACUUCUUAUUUCUUCCAAAAAUGCCAAAAGACUUGUAUAUGUGUCAACUUUGCGCGAAUCAUGGUCAAUACAAUCAGCCAAAGAAGGGGCAUAAGCAAAAAUGUCCAAAUCGUGACUGCAUGUGUUCCCUCUGUUCGUUGAACAUGAAGAGACGUUUUCUGGACAGAAUUGAACGGCAAAUACGCAAGGAAAAUGACAAUGAACAUCAAAAUCCUGAAAAUGUUGAGAAAUGUAUCAAUAAUGAAGCUUUGGACAAGGUGUCUACUUCGAAUUUUGUCCAGUCAACAUCUCAGUCUACUCAAAAAACAAAAAAUAAAGAACAACAAAAGUGUCAAAAACAUUCCAAUCCAAAACACUCAACUUUACAUGUAUUUCAUUCUAUUGAAUUGUUACUGGCUGGAUGA